UUUGUACGUCUUGUAUUCAAAUGAAGCAUUAAGAGUUCCUAAUAUCUGAUAGGACAAAGCGUAGCAUAACGUCAUCACUGGGGAAGGCAUAUGCAAAUUAGGGGAUGCCCGGUUUCUUUUAUGAUUGGCUUCACUAGCGAUCCAAUCGAAUGCUGCCUUUUAGCCUACCUCCGGACCAUAUAUAACGGCUCAUUGGCCUUCACAACAGUGUUAUUCUGAGUGCUGCUUUCCAUUUCCGAGUUUCUGGUGUUCGUGAAUACGGGAUGUCUGGCCGUGGGAAACAGGGCGGUAAGGCGCGCUCAAAGGCCAAGUCGCGCUCGUCCCGCGCGGGGCUGCAGUUCCCGGUGGGCCGCGUGCACCGCCUGCUCCGCAAGGGCAACUACUCGGAGCGCGUCGGGGCCGGCGCGCCGGUGUACUUGGCGGCCGUGCUCGAGUACCUGACGGCCGAGAUCCUGGAGCUGGCGGGCAACGCGGCCCGCGACAACAAGAAGACGCGCAUCAUCCCGCGCCACCUGCAGCUGGCCAUCCGCAACGAUGAGGAGCUCAACAAGCUGUUGGGCCGCGUGACCAUCGCGCAGGGCGGCGUCCUGCCCAACAUCCAGGCCGUGCUGCUGCCCAAGAAGACCGAGAGCCACCACAAGGCCAAGGGCAAGUGAGGCCUGGGAGAGGCAGAACGGCCUUACUGUUCCGGACAAGUGCUUCUUGAAAUCAAAGGCUCUUUUCAGAGCCACCCACCGGUUCAAGGAAAGAGCGUGCUGGGUAUACUGUCUUUUAUUUGCUGGGGGCUGGAGUCAUUUAAACGCGUUAACGAGCGCGUCAAUGGUCUCUAAGGGCUGAAACGGGAACGUGGGACCUGAACGGCUACUUAGAAUCUAAAGUCUCUUCCCGUUCCUUCGUGGCAGGGAAAUGGUGGUCCAAAAUGUUGCCACUUCUUACUCUUGUAUCACAGGCCAUAAACCUCAUGGGAAUGUAAUCUCGUCUACUCUAAACGGUAAUCACCUAAUAACCAUGGAGAAAUGGUUUUGACGGGGCAAAGGCUCUGAAGUGGCCGUAAAAUAGGGAUUAUUCUACAGAGCUAACCAAGUAGAUUCGGUCUUAAAAAUAACUUGUCAUUUGAGAUUUUAAUAAGCCUUGUAAUUUCGAUUUAGAAUUGAGUGCUUGAAUGAGUUGAAGUUGCCAAGUUUUAAGAGAACCUGAGAACCAGAGUUAAUUUACUGGUUCUAAGGUCUUGGGAACGGUACAUUUGCUAGGGGCACUUUUAAUAUUAAAAAAAAAAAAAAAAUUAACCAUUUAAUUUUGAAGGGUGUCAACAUUUAAAGGGAAUUUAAUAGCAAAUGGGACAAUUAUUUAAAAAAACUUAUUUAGUAUAGGUUGGUCAAACAUUCUUCGAAAGUCCCGUUUGAAUCGAUUGCUAAAAUGUACUGGUUUUAGAGAAUAAAUGGAUAUGAUAAAAACUAGAUUUGUGAAUUUGCUGAAUUUACAUCUAAUAUUGUUAGAACCAGAUUAAUGUGUGUGGGUUUUUAUAAAGAUGACUGCUCAUGAACUCCACGUUCUUCUAUGAAGAAGUAUUGGAGAGGCACAGAGAGGCUCCUGGAAAAACCCACAGUUAAGUGGGGACAUUAAUAACACACACCUUAAAGGGUACUAGAGGGAGAAUGAGCUAAGCAAAGAUAAUCCCUUAAAAAAAUUCCUGGCACAAAGUGAUUCAGUUACGGCUGUUGUUGUCACCGUUGCUGUUUUCAUUAAUUUUUUAAAAUUGUGAAAAUAUACACAACAAAGCAUACACCGAUUCCACAAUUUCUACACGUAUAGAAACUCUGUGACUGCAUUCUUCAAGUUGUGCAACCUUUCUUGAUACCCCUUUCCAAUUCCACCGUCGUUGGUAUAAACUCAAUGCCUCCAAAGCAAAAAACUCCCCUUUUCCUCCUCCCUACCACCCAUGCCAACCACCAAUAAUUUAGGUUUGUAUAUAUUUAUUUCAUGUAAGUGAGAUUAUACAGUAUUUGCCCUUUUGUAACUGACGUCCCUCAGCAUAACGUUUUAAAGGUUCACCCAUGUUGUGGCAUGCAUCAGGUCUCUCUUUUUUUUUUUUUAAUGGUUGAAUACCGCAUUUUGUUUAUCCAACCAUCUGUCAACGGAUGUCUCAGUUGUUUGCACAUUUUCGAUUAAUUUUUUUAUUAUAACGGUAAAUGUGGUUUGUUAAAUGAUUUGGGGAUAUUAUAUAAUACAUCUCAUGCAUACAUAUACAUACAUAAUUUAUUCUACUAAAUUUAGGUCUAUCCAAACCAGGGCCUAGACACCAUCUGGAGCUAACCACAAAUCUGCUCGUCUGUAUAAAAUAUCCCAACUCUACAAAACUUUGCACCAAAAAUUGAUAAGCCAUUGCUCUAACAGUGUGGAUUCAAACAACACAACCUUCGCGGGCUGUGUAUGUAGAGAGUUUGACAAACAUUGUCAAGUAGGCAACAUUUCAGUAAAAAAAUAUUGCAAGGGGCUGUCCAAAAGAUUAUAUAACCUUUCUGGGCAUUAAUCGGUUAUGUUUGCAAUAACAGCCUCCAAUUCCAGCUUAAACUUGUCUUUAUUAGUCUUUGUGUAUCUUCAAACCCUUCACAGAUUUAAGAAAAAUGUACCCCCUCAGCAAGGGAAUGGGGCUUAGGUGUUCUAGAUUUCCAGAAUUUUAUUUUAAUUCCUCAGGUGAUGCGUUAAUAGGGAGGCAGAGUGGUGGGAACUCCCUUCAGUGGUAGGAACUUCGUUUGUGUCAUCGCUAAGGCUGACUUGUCCAAAACCACAUGUGGCGACUUAAUUUUAAUUUAAUUAAAAUUAAAUACAAUUUAAAAUGUAGUUUCUCGGUUGCUGGAGUCACACAUGGCCAGUGGCUACCGUACUACACAGCAUAGAUACAGAACACGACCAUCAUGGCAGAAAUCUCCACUGGAUGGCUAUGGUCUAAGAUCUGAUCAUCAGUUAGGGGGUAUCAGGUUCAGAAGUGAGAUAAUUACCUGGAGGUGCCUGCCUCUUCAAGAGAAAGUCUACCAGACUCAUGUAUAAGGAAGAAAACACCAUAUGACCCAGUAAUAUCACUCUUAGGUAUAUACCCAAAAGACUUGAAAGCAGGGUCUUAAACAGAUACUUGUAUACCAGUGUUCACAGCAGCGCUAUUCACAAUAGACAAAAAGUGGAAACAACCCAGUGUCCACCAACGAACGGUGGGUAAAUAAAAUCUGGUCUCUACACAAUGGCGUGUUACUCAGCCAUGAAAACGGAUGAAGUUCUGAUCUAUGCUACAGCAUGGGUGAACCUUGAAACCAUGAUACGGGGUGAAAAAAGCCAUACACGAAAGGUCACAUGUUGUAUAAUUCCACUUAUAUGAGUUAUCUAGAAUAGGCACAUCCAUAGACAGGUUGCAGACUAGUGGAUGCCAGGUUCUGGGGUCGGGAGGGCAUGGAGAGUGACUGCCUAAUGGGUACGGAGUUUCCUUUUUGGAUGAUAAAAAUGUUUUGAAACUAGAUAGAGGUGUUGGCUACACAAUAUUGUGAAUUUACUACGUGCCACUGAUGGUUCAUUUUAAAAUGAUUACUUUUAUGUUAUGUGAAUUUCACCUAAAAAUAAGAAUCUGAACCUAAUAAAUGAAUAUGGAAAAGAAGGGGAAGGGAGAGGAAGAGGAGAAGGAGAAGACCCAAGAUGGUCUGGCGGGGGGCUGAGGUGGGGGAGUAGACAGGGCCGGCUAGACUCCAGGAUCCAAACCAAACCAAACCCAGUGCUGUCGAGUUGAUUCCGACUCAUAGCAACCCUAUAGGACAGAGUGGAACUGCCCCAUAGAGUUUCCAAGGAGCGCCUGGCAGAUCCAAACUGCUGACCCUUUGGUUAGCAGCUGUAGCACUUCACCACUACACCACCAGGGAUUCCAGGACUCCAGGAUAGAAGAAGUAUAUUUGUAGUGCUUUUCAGGACACUGCUUACCCAUCUCUAGGUACAAUGGUAACGUGAACACUAAUGAGAAUAUUGCAUGAUGAGAUUUUACUAAAGGGAGAUAAUCAAGGCUGACAAUUCGUCAUUUCCCACCGUGGAUGCACACUGCCCAAAGGCCAUAAGUAGCACACCCGUUAAGAGAGAGCAGAGCAGAAGGCAGCCUGAGGCAAAGCUGGCGAGGGCUGGUGCUGGCCGGUUCUGAGCUGCGGCCAGGGAAGCGGGGCCAGUGCAGGAUGGAUGCUGUGAGGGUCUGGGCAGUUCAGUGACUGAGUAUCUUGUUAAAAUGUUAGGUGCCAUCAAUUCAGCUCCAUCUCAUAGCGACCCUCUGUGUAACAAAAAGAAACGUUACCUGAUUCAGCACCAUCCUCGCAAUUGUUGCGAUGUUUGAGCCCGUUAUUGCAGCCACUGUGUCAGCUCGUGUCAUGAAGGGUUUCCUUCUUUUUCACUGAACCUCUACUUCACCAACCAUGAACUGGUCUCUCCUGAUGGCAUGUUCAAACUAAAAGAGAUGAAGUCUCAACAUCCUAGCUUCUAAGGAGAAUUGUAACUGUACUUGCUCCAAGACAGAUUUGUUCAUUCUUCUGGCAGUCCGUGGUAUAUUCAAUAUUUUUUGGCAAUAAAAUUCAAAUGCGUCAAUUCUUCAGUCUUCCUUUUUCAUCGUCCAGCUUUCAUAUGCAUAUGAAGCGAUUGAAAAUACCAUGGCUUAGGUCAGGUGCACCUUGGUCCUGAAAAUGACAUCUUUGCAUUUUAACACCUUAAAGAGGUUUUUUGCUACAGAUUUGCCCAAUGUGGUAUCUUACUAAAUUUUAUCUAGAACUGGAGUUGUCCUUGGGAAGGCAAGAGCCAUCAGAGGAAGACCAUGUUGAAGAGAAGGUGUCCAAUGACUCAGUGUGGUCACAGUGUCUCACCCUGGAUGUGGUCUUGGAGCAGCUUGUCUCCGUCAUGCUCUGGCCAUUGCUUCUGUCUGUUGGGAGCACCCAGACCCAUGGUCAGUGGGCUGCCUUUCGCUUGCUCGCUGUGUGACAGGCACAUACUCAGCCUCCACCUGGAUUAUCUCAUUCACGCAUCCCUACAGAUUGGGCAUUUUGUGGAGGAAGUUGAGCAAAAAGAGGUACAAGGUCCUAGAGGAAGGGUGUGGCCAAAAGUGCACAGUUAUUCCUGCCUCAGAAAUAUCCAUGUCCUUCAGCAGUUUUUUCAGCAGAUAAAGCAUCCUAGCUGCCAGAAUUCUUCUCUGCUUCAGCUUCAUUCCUGUCCCAUAUCCCAUUCUGCCUCUUCUCCUAGGCUUGGUUCUGUACCCCAGCUCCUCUCUCACAGAUUUAUUCUCUCCUCUUCACCAGGUCAUUUCCCAUAGGCUCACUAACAUGUUCAAGAAUCGUCCAAUUGAAGUAAUAAUUGAUACCCCCCCACGCACACACACAUACCAACUUCUGUGUUUCUUAGACUCUAAAAUGUUACGAGAUGCACUUCGAUGAGGAAUGCUAUCUGUCGAUCCUGCAGGAAGGCAAGUUUGUGUGACUUGUUAUGACUCCUGUUGGGUCUGGGUGUGCUGGGCUUGUAACUCUCCCAUGUCAGUACACUGUUUCAUAAAGUGUCCCAGCUCUGAUAAUCCGAAUUUGCCUUGUACCUCUCCCAAAGAGUAUGUUUCCCCCUGUAACUUUGCUGAAUAAACCAGGUCUUGAGCCUGCCACACAGAGUGGAGGCUUUGUUUUGCUCCAAUGCUUGCUCAGCAAAUGCCCAGAACCACAGUCCUCCCUCACCCACCACCCCUUCUCUUCCUUCCCUUCCCACCUCUCCCCUGGAGGUGAUCAGGGCUGCCCUGGAUGUCAUUACCAUUCAUGCUGCCAGGUCUGAGGGGCACUUCUCAUCCUCAACGUUGGAAACAGCCAGCCAUUUCCUGGAACAGUUUCUGGAAAACUUGCUCUGGGGCCCCCUUUCAGCCCACUGCAGAUGGUAUCCAAGACUAGAGUGGUAACAUCUGAAGUGGAGAGAGGUAAGUGCAUUCAGCAUAUGUUUUAAAGUUAGUGCUGACAGGACUUGCUGAGGGUCUCAGUGUGGGUCAUGAAAGAGAGGAAUGAAUCAAAGACAGCUUUCGUUUAUUUAUUGUGUUUGCUUAAUUGUGUAACUGAUGACUGAUAGGACAGUUUACCAGUUUACUCAGCUGGGGAAGACUGAGGUGGGUGCCAGUUUGGGUGUGGGCAUGGGGGAAUGGAAGUCCAGGCUCUUAAUAAGACUUUCCAUGCAAUUCUGCUGCAGAGUGAAGUCUGACAACCACUGAUCUGGGCGGAAAUAUCAAGCCUGGGGCUCAUGGGAGGGAUGUUUGGGACUCACGAAAGCCACAGCUUGGUUGAGACCACUAAGGAAGGGAGGGAUCAUCUAGAGCAAAGAGGCAUCCUUAGGAUAGAGCCCCAGGAAAUGUGGUACGUGGCGCCUAUGGGCAGAUCUCUCCCAUCUCUGCCUGCACAGCCCUCUGCUGCUCCUUACCUCAUGAGGAGUCGUCUGUUUUCUGGGCUCUUGAAUCUGCACUGGCCCUAUGACCCACGGGACACAACAUCCAGUUCUGGGGACGCUUUACCUUCUUGGGACCAUGUGAGGAAGUCCAAACUAGCCAUGGAGAAAGACCGUGAGGUGAAGAGUCGGAGGUCUCCCAGACACGUGAGGGAGGCUGUUGGGACCAGCCUGCUCCCAGCCCACCCACCAGCAAAUGCACAGCUGAGCCCGGCUCCAACUGUUGACCCAAAGAGCUACCGACAAGAAAGUGGCUGUUGGUUAAGCCGUUAUAUUUUGGGCCGAGUUGUUAUUCAGCAAUUGAGAACUAAAAGAGCACUACCAGCGAAUGGACCCAGGAGCCCACACCAGUGGCUGAGAGGGAGUUUCCUAAGCUUGGAGGCCGACUAGGAAAUUGUGGCCACCUUGUAGGUCACCAUGAGUUGGAAUUGACUUGAUGGCAACGGGUUUGGUUUCGGUUUUGGUAUUUUAGUGCAAGAAAAGGCUUGAAACCUUUUCAAUGAUUUAAAAGCUGCACGUGCACCAAGUGAAGAUGAUUGCGAUGAAUGAUUUGUUGUGUGUAGGGGUUAGUUCACUUGUUUCAAAGUGAGGGCAAAUUUACAUAACAUUAAAGGGCAAGUACAAGUUGUAAGUCUGAUGUUCACAAUCUGGUGACUACCUGUAUUCUUAAAAACUUAAUUCCCCCGUUUGAGAAUAAAAUCGCCUAAAAUCAGUCAGUAAAUUCACCAUAUCAACAGGCUAAGGAAGAAGCAUCAUAUAAUCACAUCAGUCUGAUAUGCAGAAAAACUUGAUAACAGAAAGAGCAAGUGACAAAAUCCAAUGUCCGUUCAUGAUAAAAAUUCUCUGCAAACUAGAAAUAGAGGAAAACUCUCUCAACUUGAUGAUCAUCUACAAAAAACCUACAGCUAACAACAUAAUUUAUGGUGAAAGUCUGAAUGCGUUCCUUCUAAGAUUGGGAAUGAGGCAAGAAUGUCCCCUUUCAUCACUCCUUUAACACAGUGCUGGAAGUUCUAUCCAUUGCAAUAAGGGUGAAAGGAAAGAAAGAAAGAAGGAAGGAAGGAAGGAGGGGAGGGAGGGAGGAAGGGAGGAAGGAAAGGAGAGAGAAGACAGAAGCGGAGGGAGGAAGGAAGAAAGGUCAUACAGAUUGGAAUAAAAAAUUGUGUCUACUGGCAGAUGACAUGAUUACAUACAAAAUUCCAAGAAAUCUACGUAAUAACUCCUAGAACUAAUAAGUGAACACAGCAAGGUUGCAGGUUAUAAGAGCUACACAAAAAUCAAUCAUAUUUCUACACAUAAAAAAUGAACAUGUGAAAACAAAUUAAAAAUAUAAUACAACUUAGAAUCACUGCAAAGAAAAUGAAAUACUUAGAUAUAAAUCCAACAAAACACAUCCAGGACUUAGAUGCUGAAAAUUACAAAAUCAUGAUGAAAGAAAUCAAGGACCUAAAUAAAUGGUUUUUUAUACCAUGUUCAUGAUUGGAAGACUCAACCUAGUAAAGAUGUCAAUUUUGCACAAAUUGAUCUAUAUGAUUAUAGCAGGCUCCUAUUACAGUCCUAACAAGUUCUUCUAUAGACGUCCCGGUUCUACUCUGUUCUACGGGGUCACUAUGAGUUGGAAUUGACUUGAUGGCAACAUUGCUGUCAAGUUGAUUCUGACUCAUAGCAACCCUAGAGGAUAGAGUAGAACUGCCCCUAUAGCGUUUCCGAGGCUGUAAUCUUUAUAGGAGCAGGUUGCCAGGCCUUUUCUCACAUGCAGUAACUGGUAGGUUCUAACCACUGAGCUUUUGGUUAGCAGCCGAGCAUUAUAACCACUGAGCCACUGAGACUUCUUCUGUAGACAUAGGCAAACUUAUUCUAAAAUUUAUAUGGAAAGACACAGGACCCAGAAUAGCUAAAACAGUCUCGUAAAAGAAGAAUAAAGUGGGAAGCAUUACUCUAACAAACAUGAAGUCUUGCUAUAUAGCUACAGUAAUCAAGACAAUAGUAUUGGAGGUGGGAUAGACACAUAUAUCAAUAGAGCAGAAUAGAGAACCCAGAAAUAGACCCACUCAAAUAUACUUAAUUGAUUUUUGACAAAGAUGCAAAAGCAAUUCAGUGGAGGAAAGAUAGAUAGCCUGUAGUAAGAGAACUUUCACAGGCAAAAAAAGUAAAACUUGAUCCAACCCUCACAACUCCUAUAAAAAAUUGACUCAAAAUAUACCAGAGACUUAGAUGGAAAACAUUAAAUUAUAUAUCUUUCAGGAAAAAAAAUUUAGGAGAAAGUCUUCAGAAUCUAGGACUAGGCAAAAACUUCUUAGACUUCACACCAGAAUCCACAAAAGGAAAAAUCGAUGAAUGGAACUUCAAAAUUAAAAACUUUUGCUUUGGGAAAGCCCAUGCGAAAA